GGACAAAUUAUUAUCAAAAUAUAUAUUGCCCUGCCUCCCGUUACUAAUUGUUGACAUAUGCACUUAUGUCUGUUAAGAACAUCUACUGUACUAUGUACCGAAAGAGGGAGAGAAUUCCAGGCCUUCGCAAUAUCUCCCGGCGUCGGGAAACUAUUUUCCGAAAAUGCAGCGAGCUCAGCCGAUUCGGUGUUGAUGUGUGGGUAGUAAUCUGCACUGGAGCUCGGAGCAAUGUUUUUCGAUCUUCGGAAUCUGAAUUAUUCGGCUCUUUAGACCGCCAAAUAAUGCGUGCAUCUUAUCGCCCGACCUGGAAAGGACUGCGCGAUUAUGAUAGAAGACUACGUGAACGCCGUCCCCUAAAGUUGGUUGAGCGGCUCGAGGCGGCAAGUAAUGAUGUUUCUGCGAUCGCUGGUUACCACAAAUAGACCUCCCACAGAGCCAUUAUACUCCAUUGGUUUAAAGAUACAGGCAGAGCUUUCCUGGCCUGGGUUUCUUCGAGCCUGACAGGGAGAACAUAUGCAAAAGGAUUUAAUUGAUACUGUAGCAAUCUGCUAUGGAAUUUUACUGGUGUACUCUUACUUUUUAACAAGGUAUAGUAUCCACACAAGCCUAAUGAUCAGACAAAUAGUGCUUGAAUACUUUUGAAAGCUCAGGGAAGAACGGCUGUGUAUCCUAAUGUAGCUAUCUGCCGCGCAUACGAAAGAAUACACAUAUUUGUUGAACAGUGCUUGGAGUGGAAAUAAUUAACAGUGAUGACGCAGCCCGAGAGUCUUCCUUAAUUAUAAUAGACAUGUAGGGUCGAGUCCUUAUAUUUAUGUUCAUGUAUAGCAUUCUUACUACAGAGAUGUGCAAAACCAGCUUCACUGAUUUGCACUCUUUCAUUAACUGAGGGCCCCAUUGCCAAGACACUAGCCGGGAAAUUGAGUGCGGGUUAUUGGGCUCUGCAUGCAACAUGUGAGCAUCAACGUUUGGCG